AUGGCGUCCUUCUCUGGAGAUGCAGAAGGGAACACUGAGGACAUUCCAGCUGCUGUGACCUGGAUAUGUCUUCAUCUCGUUCCAUGUGAAGAGCGUAAAAAGUCCAAGCUCAAGUCUCUGAAAACUCGUCUCUUUGGGAGGAGUAAGAGAGGAAGUUCGAAGAAAAACCCCAAACUCAGCCAGUCGGAGAGUGAUAUCACGACAGGGAAGGGACUUGGAUCAGAGGAAGACUUGGUAUGUUCCCAAGGAACAAUGCCGUCACGAGCACUGUCCCACGACAGCAUCUUUCUGGAUGAUCAGGCCCUGGAAGAAGCUGAACCAACCAGGGUGUCAUCCCAGGAGAAUGUUCAGAGCAAGAUAAAAGUUUUGCAGAUGAAGCUCCAACAGCAAAAGAUGCACCUGGGUCCACCACCUCUGGUUCUGCCAAUCAAACGACCAGAAGAUUCAGAAAACCGCUCAGAUGAUGAAAAUCUUUCCGUCAGCCCGCCUGAUAUCUCAACUACUUCUCAGCCACUAUCACCCAUCCCCAAACCUUCACCCACCAAAUAUGCGCUCCAGACUCCUCAGCCUUUGCCCGUCUCUGUUACUUCCAAUUCUUCUGUUGACGAGUCACCAUCAGACUUCAGCUCUCCAGCCCAGUUAACCCCUCGCUUAGACACCUCUGCUGCACGCCACCGGAUGUCUGUCAAACCCAGAAACCAGCGGGCAGGCUCCAAGAAGAAAAUCAGUGAUGCUGAGACUGACUAUAGCUCAACUUUAGACUCCGUGAACAACAUUGACCAUGACUCUGAUAGCGAUAAAGAGCAGCAGCCUUGUAAGAAAGAGGAAGUAACACUGGAAUCACAACACGUAGAAACUGUCAGUCCUAAUACAGCCCAAGUUCCUCCUCCAAAACCACCAGAGGUGUCAACACACAUAUCAGAGGUUGAAACCAAAUCGGUGAGCUUAACGUCUUCCCAACUGGACCAAACUCUCCCAGAGACAGCCCCCCCUGUAACAACCCAGAUACUCAGAGUGAAGACUCACACACUGCCUAAUGAACGGCCACACUCCUGUUUUUUACCAUCAGAGCUAAAGGACAAAAAAGACACAGGUUUUGAAAUAGAAGCAAUGUGCCAUGACAAGAGAAAUACAGGCACUCCUGCUGGCCCAGAGGUGGCGUUAAGAUCCACCUCCGUUCAGCAGCAAGCUUUGACAGAAAGCACAACAAUAAUAAAAAGAUCGACCCAAGGAUCAGGGUCCUUCCACUUAUUUGUUGGGACACCCAAAAACAGAGAUGGAGAAAGACCUCGAUCGGGAAGUUUUGCCGGGGUGCUUGAAAAGACAGAAACCAGGCACAGAUAUGAAAAGAAACCCAUUUUAACCAUGAAGGAAAAGGAAGAACUAAGAGAAUUACAGUUAAGAGGGGCGAACGCUGCAAGACUUAGACAGGAGGGAACUCCACAGAAAAGCCCAGGUCUUCAAUGGGACAAGAGGGAGAGUCUCAAAAAGGUGGAAACACAAACAACAUCAACAAGUUCUACCACUGACACAGCUGCUGUGAAGUGGGAGGAAGUGAAGGAAGAAAUGGAAAAACAGGAGGUCCAGGAGGAAGAAGGAAAGACGACAUUUGGUGUCAAGCUACGCUCCACAUCUCUGCUGGGAAGAUCGAGGUCUGAAGCCCCUUCAAACCAAACACAAGCACCAGUGGGCGAGGAGCCUUGUGACAAACAAAAAGUACAGGAUAUGAGCAAUAACACAAGCAACAAGCCUAUAAAAAUGUCUACAGACACCCAUAGUACAGCCGUCACCCCUGGAGACAAACGACAGGCAGAUCCAACCUCAUCUGGUCUCUCCUCACCGUUGAAAAAAACCCCUCCACCGGCCCAGGAUCCUCACAUCAUGACAACAAUGGACAUCCUAACAAUCUCCAAAUUGGAACCGUUUUCUAUCACCUUCCAAGAAGUUGAACCUAUCCCUGAACCACCAAAGGAGCCCCCGCCGCCUCCACAGUCUGCCUCAUCUGAGGUGUCCUGGAUGAGUCUGGCAAUGGAAAAAACCAAAAGUAUUCAGCAACUUUUUACAAGAUUUCCCAGAGAUUUGACAGGUGCAGCUCCCCGACCACAAGCACAAUCACAACCAACAUGUCCAGCACCGACUCCAGCUGUGGUGCAGACACAGACUGUGAAAAUGCAACAAAGUGCAGCACAACCAGAGGCCACAAAACAGCAGCAGAGUACAGCACCAGUAGAGGCUGCAAAACAGGUGCCAGCUGAUGCUGUCAAAGCGGAAACAGCACAAAGUACAAGUCAAACUCAAGCUGUGAAGCCAUCAGUGGUGGCCGCACAACAGAGGGCAUCUAUCUCAUCUCCCAUUAUAUCAAACACUUCCAGGGAACCACUACCAUCAAAACAAACCAGUCAACCACAGCCACAACCUACUACAACUCAUCCAGCUGUAAAGACAAACCCAAUGACAACCCAGCCCCCUGUGCACUCUGCUGCAAAAACUCAGAACCAACCUCAGACGUUCCAGCCCCCUUCAUAUUCUGCUGCAAAAACUCAGAACCAACCACAGACGUUCCAGCCCCCUUCAUGUUCUGCUGCAAAAACUCCAGCCCCAUCUCAGACAAUCCAGCCCCCUUCAUAUUCAGCUGCAAAAACUCCAGCCCCAUCUCAGACAAUCCAGCCCCCUCCAUGUUCUGCUGCAAAACCUCCAAUCACAUCUCAGACGAUCCAGCCCCCUUCAUAUUCUGCUGCAAAAACUCCAGCCCCAUCUCAGACAAUCCAGCCCCCUUCAUAUUCUGCUGCAAAACCCCAGUCCACAUCUCUGUCUGCACAAGGGAGUGCCACUCAGUCUCUUGCACAAUCUUACCUUUCCUCUGGCCAUCAGCAACAGCAGACCCCCUGGGGCAAUCGGUCCACUAAAUCCACAACUCCAGCUCCUACUUCAGUUUCUACAGCCCCAUCAGUUGCACCAACUCCUCCAGAUUUUGCACUAGAAGGAGGGGAAAAAGAAAAAGAAACCGCCCCCCAGGAAGAAGAGAACGUGCCCAUGUCUGUAAGUGAGAGGGCUGCUUUUUUGGAGAAACGGGCAGAGCGGAUGUCUUCACCAACCACCAAGGGGGUUGAAUUGAGGAAAGCUCAAACAGAAGCACAGACAUCAAGUGAAACCCCAGCUUCAGCCAAAGCAGCAUCUUCAAUCAAAGACACUAAACCAGAGGGGAGACAGUUGGUCAAACCUGCAGAGUCGAGUCCAACCAAAAUUCCAGACCGGCCACGUGAGGACAAAUGGCUGCGGAAAAAUGUGUCAUCUCCGGCACGCUCAAUGUCACCCACAAUGCCAUCAUCAUUACAGACCAUGUCCGACAGUGGCCAGCCAUCCUGGAUGGAACUGGCCAAAAGAAAGUCAAUGGCCUGGAGUGAUAAAUCCAUGGACUGAGAGGGAGCACAGACAAAUUGCCCUUCAAACAAAAUGCAAUGUCAGAUUUAGUUGAGUCUGGCAGGAAUGUGUUGAUUCAACUCAACUUAGGCUUGUGAGUUUGAAUACUGAAUUUUAUUUAAUUUUAAGUAUUAAUAUAUUAUUUAGAGUCAAUCUGAGAGUAUAUAUAGAAAGUAAAUUAUAAUCAUAAAUGCAAUGAAUGGUACUUCUGAAUAAAGUUUUGUGAUUCAGCAUGUCACUGCUGUUUAUAGUGAUGUUAAAAAAUAAAAUUUCUAAGCUACAUUUUGUGUCAAGUGCCUUAAGGGGAGAUGACAAAAUAAAUGGUGUAAAAUAACUACAGUAAAAUCUCCUUACACAUCUCGAUACAUGUAUUUUUAACCCAUAAGGACCAAUCGGGACACAGGUGAACUUAAAGCCCCUGAGUGACACCCACUGAACAUCCUGAUGUGGUCAUGUGACUGCUCAGGUGAAUUUGUGUUUCAUAGCAACAGUUCCAGGAUGUGUAUAUGCCA